AUUUAUUGAGCUGCGGUCAUUGAAGCAGGCAGCAGGGAAGAACCCUCCUUGGGAGCGGUUGCAACAGUGGAGACCCGCCUUGGGAGAAGGUCGAAUUUCCUUGGUUCACCCGACUCUGACGUGCUGGAGAAAUCUUAGGGGAAGAAAGGAGUGAUGUCAUACCCUCCACCCAGCUAUCCAGGCUACCCACCAGCUGCUCCAGCCUACCCAGCGGGAUACGAUCCAAGAAGUGCGGCGUAUGGGUAUCCUCCACCAACCGAUCCAGCUGCUCCGCAGGCUCCAGCUGAUCCCUAUGCAGCGUAUGCUGCUGCUUAUCCACCGCAACCCCAAGCGGCCCAGCCUGCACCCCAAGCUGCCCCACAAACAGCUCCAGCAGCACAACCUCCUGCCGCUGCCCCAGCACCAGCUGCACCAGCACAAGAUCCAUAUGCACAAGCGCAUUAUGACUACUACCGUCAGUACUACUCCCAUUACCCACCGCCAGCACAACCAGGUUACCCUCCUGCAGCAGCUCCAGCGGAUCCGCAUCAAACCCAACAAACACCUCCAGCCGGCCACCCUCCGCCCCAAGCACAUGCAGCUCCACCAACUUAUCCACCCGCAGCUGCACAGACACCUCCAGCCCAUGGGGUUCCACCAGCACAACCAGAAUAUCCUCCUACAGCAUAUCCACCGCCAGCCUAUCCAGGCUAUCCUGGAUAUGAUCCUUCCAGACCACCAGAUCCUUAUGCACAUUAUGCUCACUAUCCACCGCCUGCAUACCCAGGCUAUCCACAUCCACCACCAGGCUAUCCCCCAGCACCCUAUGCUUAUCCACCCCCAACCCAUGCACAUCCACCACCCCACGUUCCACACGCUCCCCCUCCGUCAGAUCGAGAUAGGGACAGGGAGCGAGACAGAGAUAGGAGGCCACCUUCACCCCGCAGAGAUCGGAAACGACCAGCGCCCGAAAAAAGACCUGAAAAGAGACAAAAAAUUGAGCCUGAUGCACGGGCCAAACUGUACCAGCACCUCCAGCAUCAGAAGGGCUGGAGCCUAUUUUGGCUCGAGGGCAUUGAUCCUCCCACCAGAGCCAGUAGCAAUUCAAAUGUGACGAUGCUGAUUCUCUCAAAAGGUGCCUCUGGACCAGCUUCAUCCUUUGGUUUCCUGAUGGCUGCCUCGCGGCAACCGCAAAAGCAGAAGGAUCGACAGAGAGAGUGCAUGAAAGAUCUUCUGGUUCAAGUUGAGCAGCUCUUGGCUGGAAAAUCAGAGGCGGAUCUUCGCUCCUGGUGCCAGGUGCAUGAAUCGCAGGGUCCCAAUGGAUCAAAUGGAUCCACAGAUUCGCCGGAGGACCUCGAAAAAUUGAAGACGACCAUUGCCAAUCGACUUUCUUCCACCGGCAGCAAAUCAGCGGCUGUGGACUUGCAGAUAGCCAGUCCCAGCUCCUGUGUGAUUGUCUCAGCAUCAUCUUUUGAGGAAACCGAGUCUAAGGAGGACGAGAAAUCGCUGCCAGAUUUGGCGGCCAUGAAUUUCUUCUCAGCUGAUGCUGCAGCUCAACUGGAAGAGGCUCAUAGACUGGGCGGACUUCUACGUUUGCAAUGGCACUUCGCUGUGGUGAAAGCCACCAGGGAGAGUAAGGAUGAUAAAGACAGCAAGGAUCAGUCUCGGCCGUUGGCUUUGGGCAUUGGCUUUGCAACGGAUGAGGCGUUGUCCAAGGCCAGAGCAUUGCGCGCGGCAGAGGUCCGUGCUGAGGUUCUCACCGAGGCGAUGUUCUUGAAGACCCAGAAGUAAACGGUUUCUGGACUUCUUUGAGAUGGACAAAUAUUUGGAGAAUGAGCGCGAGAUGAAGUUGAGUCGAGUGC